UCCAUUCCUCUGCACCAAUGUUGCUUCCGCUUCCCCUCCUCCUUCCGCCGCCUCUCCCAAUUGUUGGAACAUCCUCAAAUAUGCCAUCGUCAAUGUUCUCAUCGAAGCCACUGCCUUUGCCGGUUACACCUCUUACGGUUCAUUUUCCUUUGUUUCCAUUUUAUUAUUCAUUUCCAUUUUUGGUUUUGUGUUUUACCUGUUUGGUGCUCAAGCUAUCAUAACUAAAGAAAAUAAUGCCAUAAAACAUGUGGGUAAGGAGUUAUAUCAAAUUUCUUGUUUCUUACAUUUCCUAAUUCUAAAGUUUAAGUGCCUCUAAAACAAAUGGCUUAUGAACAUAUAUGACGCAUGUAGCCACCGGUGUGAAUAUGCAAAUAUUCCCUCUCAACAAUGGAGGAGACAGAGGACCGGGAUAUCAUACUCUUGGCAAUCCUACUGGUAUUUCUCCAAUUUUUGUGACUUUGAGAAUUGAGAUAGUUGUUUCUUUUUCUAAUUUUUUUUCUUCUCUCUCACCUUCUUUAAAUGAUUUAACAAUAUAUUGAUUUUUUCCUGGUGACGUGAGUACAUGACAAUGAGACACUAAUCAAUAUAUUGUAUAGUGAAUUCAUGACUUGUUGGAGGAUAUUUGUUUUUUCUUUUAGUUGUAGCUAUGUUAGAGCUAACCAAUUUAACUAAAGCUUUCAAGCAGUUUUUUCCUCCCCUUUUUUGCCUUCCUUUCCUCUGAUUUCAUUCUCCAUGUUAAAGUCUUCAUAUAAAACUAACAAAAGGUUAUUGAGAAGGUUCGUGGUUUUACUUUUCUAGUGAGUUGCCUGAAUUUUUAGGAAGUACUUGUAAAUGUGUUGAUUAAGGAGGCUAUAUGCGCUCUGAUAAGGGCCCUUGGAAGGAUGCAAAAAUUAUGAGGAUGGUUCAAAAUGGUGAUCACAAAUGUUCAAAAAAAAAAGUGUGUCACAAGGUGAGGAAGAGAAAGAAAAUUCUAAGGAACACAAGACUUCCAAAUUGGAGGCAAAUCAUACCCCCUAGCUUUCUCCAGUUGUUGUAUAGGUAUUUUAUCUGGAGGCAUGUGAAUUUGGAAGUAUCUUUGAAGGUCUUAUUCCUGAAGAUAUUAAUAUUUAUGCAACCACAACUUCCAAUGCAGAAGAAAGUAGUUGGGGAACAUAUUGCCCUGGGGAGUAUCCUAGUCCUCCCCUAGAAUAUUCAACUUGCUUGGGUAAUCUGUAUAGUGUUGCUUGGAUGGAAGACAAGUAUGUGCAUAAUAAAGAAUCAUAGUCAGAUCAUAAAUGAGAUUAGUCUGAAUAUGUGAUGAUACUUAUAUACUCAUGAUCCAUGCAAUCACAAUGGAGUAGUUCAAUGCCUGUGACUAGUGUAUUAUGUUUGUCUCUAUAAGAGUUGUAUAUACUAAUUGUUUGUAUUUUGAAAAGCUUUUUAUGGUAAAAUUAUAUUUAUGUUUGCACUUACCAUUUUUUUGUUAGAUCAGAAGAAUUUUAUUUUAUAUAAGUAAUGUAAAUUUUUUAGGGAUUAAUUUUAAUUUUCUUUACUUGUGAGCAGUGACAAGCACAAUUUGUGAACAUAAACUCUGUAUCAACAAUAUAAAUUGGCAAGUUCUUAUUGCUAACUUGAUUUGAUUUUUUAAAUUAGAUGGAUAUAAAUUGGAGAAUAUAAUUCAAUAGCUUGAUUGCUUAGUUACAAGUGAGAUUUUUUUUUUUCUUAAUUUAACUCUUGGUUUAAUUUUAUGGGUGAAACAUUGUGUUAAGAAAUGUGUGAAUGAUGUCUUCUUUGCGCUUGUGCUUACAAGUUAAAGAGAGGACUAUAUCGGGAGAUUCAUACUAUGGCUCUCACGUGAUGCAGUAUGGUGAUGUAGGGCUUAGCAGUGAUGUUCUCUUCCAUUAUUUGGGUAUAGAUCCUGUUAAUGAUAAUUUCACUUUUGUGAACAAAAACUCCUUAUGGUCACCUUCAAAACCAGUCAACCAAUGUGAUGCUGAUCUCAUCCAUUUUUGG